UUUCACUUGUCUGGUAGGAGCAGAGAGACACAGUGGGUAAUAAAAUAGGCACUCGGUGAAGCACUUACAAAAGACCAUGGAUUUCAUUGGGUUGUUCUUUGUCUCGCUUGGUUUCGCUGUUGUUUUAUUUUAUGGAGUGAAAUUACUGCUCUUUGCCAGGAUGUUUUACCCCAGAAUUUGGUUCCCACAGCCCAAGUCUUUCUUCACCUCCAUGGGAGAGUGGGCAGUGGUCACUGGUGCAUCAGAUGGCAUAGGAAGAGCCUAUGCUUUUGAGCUAGCCAGCCGAGGUAUGAACAUAGUCAUUCUGAGCAGAACCAAGGAGAAACUGGAUCAUGUUGCCAACGAGAUAGAAAAAAACACAGGACAGAAGGUUAAUGUCCUGGUUGCAGACUUCACUGAGGAUAGCAUAUAUGAAGGUCUCAAGGAGAAGCUGAAGAACCUCAACAUUGGAGUUUUAGUGAACAACGUGGGUGUCCUGCCCAGUCAUCUCCCCUGCAAGUUCCUCCAGACGAAAGACUUGGAACAGGGAAUCACUAGAGUCAUCAACUGCAAUGUAAAAGCCAUGGUCCAGAUGAGCCAGAUCAUCCUUCCAGCCAUGGAGCACAGAGGAAAGGGAAUGAUAGUGAACAUUUCUUCUGGGGUCGCCACAGUUCCCUCCCCCCUCUACACCAUGUACUGUGCAUCAAAGUUGUUUGUGGAGAGAGUCUCUCAGGGUCUACAGGCUGAAUACAAAGCCAAAGGAAUCUUGAUACAGACAGUGGCCCCAUUCGGAGUGUCCACAGCCAUGACAGGCUACCAGAAGCCUAACUUUGUAACUCUGACAGCAGGGGACUUUGUCAGGACGUCCCUUCAGUACCUGACUUCUGGAGACAAGACCCAUGGAAGCAUUCGCCACACUGUCCUGGGCUGGCUGGUAAAGAAUGCUCCUUUACAAAUCCUCCACAGUGAGAUCAUGCAGGACAUCCUAUUGGAGUAUGUGAAGAAGAGGGUUGGGUCAUAGGUCGCAUGUGACCUACAGUUAGGCUUGUGCAUAUCCUCCUCAUGGCUGUAUGUUUGUAAAUAAGAUUAACGUCAGAUUAAACCCCUGAGAAAAGUUAAAUGGUAGUCAGUAUUCAUGGUUACAUUAGUAGGUAUUAAUUAGGUGGCAACUAUAAAUCCAGUGGGGGCAUCCCUUUGCCUCGGCGGUUAGGCAUGUGUGCCAGGUCUGGUAACCAACACCAGGGAUCAGUAUUUCACGGUGGUAUCAGCUAUGUUUUUAUACAGGAGCUCUUCCACUCGCUGAACUUUUGAGCCAUAGUACCUGCUACCAUUUGUGGUCACACCAGUGUACAUGAAACAGUUGAGACUGGGCGGCUUGCUGAAAUUACUGCCUCAGGCUUCAAGUGAAGCUCACCUGAGUAAAUAAAGCCUGACCAUGGUGAAAGAGGCCUAAGACUAGGCUAUCCACAUCUCAAAAUGGACACUGAGGUAGAUCACUGCCCAUGUUUAUCUACAUUUCUGUUAUAAAUACUGACUGACAUGUCGAACUUAAGAAAACACAAUCAAAAUAAUUGUACCAUUGACCAAAGUCAGGUUAUCCUUUAGGUUUGCUACUUGUGAACAUGUCUCACUGAAGUGUUUGAAAAGGGGUUCACUUGAUAAGUACGAGAAUAUUUAGAAAUAAUAGCGUCACAGACGAUUAACAAUAAACCUUUGGCCUUCAAUGCAAAGUGUGUGUGCUCAUAUAGGUCAUGUUUAAAUGCAUGCAGUUAGAAAAUAAAGUUUCAAUUUGGUGUCAUCAAGUUGGAGAUGACUACAUCUGGAAGAUGAACUGCAGUAACAUGAGAGUUGCCAGCUGUCCACGCUUCGUCAGUCACCCACCUACAGUCAUCCCUGCAGGGACACAAGUGGGGUAGGAGAGAGGAUUCUGACCCCAACCUGAUCCAUCUGUUGGUCCCAUCUCCAGUCAUACUGAGCACACUGAUCCUCCAGAGAUUGGCUAUAGAUCUCAAUGCAGGAGGAGAAACUGGGAAAUAUAAUGGCCAAAGAAAAACAAUACCAAUGUUCCAGUUGUGGAGGACAAUAUAUAUAAUAUAUCUUCACAAUCGAAAUUUUUCCUUCACAUUACUCCAUGAUAGUGAGUAUGAAGGUGGUCAAAUUCUUCUGACAUAGAUAUACUAAACACCCAGAAAUAUUCAAUCUGUCUAAACCACUAGUAAUAUACCACCAUUAUAGCAAAAAAUAGGAUCAGCUGUACAGGCAAAUCUCUAUACAUAAUCUGCAAUGUCACAUAAAACCGCACAGGUAUUCAGAACUCCUAUUUGUAGUAUGGCUCCUUAUUCAUAGUUUCACAUAUGAACAUGAAGUAAGCUGGCUGCGUGCUCUGCGCUUUACAAUAGAUGGCUAAUCAAGGAUACUGUAGGUCUAAAGCUGUUUUUUAAACAACCCAUUGUAGAUCUGAUGACUGUAGAUUGACUUACAUUUUUCAUUACGAGUCACAUUCAUGUCAGUUGUGUCUGGUAGAAGGGCAAAUUGUGUUCGGUUAAAAGGUUCAUAGUUUGAACUUUGACCCAAUACCACGUUUUCCAAUUUCCAUCACAAAACAAUUCCCACAAGAAUCAGAGCAUUAUUAUUUUACAGGUCAGGCUUCAAAGAAACAAGGUCAAAUACAACGAGCCGUAGUAAGCUUGUAUGUUUGUGGAGGCAGUAAAUGAUAUGGCUCUUCAGUAUUCUUGAGAAAUAAAUCAAAUGAACAGUAGAGUUGAAUGUCACCCGCUUGUACUUGCCACCCACGGGUAAAGUUACCGUUAAAAGCUUGUUAAGUGCAUGCCUGCAUGCUGUUCUUGCUUCUGUAGUAGUUCCCCUUCCAUGAAGACAUAACAAUCUACGGACCACUCCAUAUGAUUCACUGUUUAUCACUGAUGUGUUGGUUCUUAUGUUCAGGACUGAUCCUAGUUCAUUGUCGUAACAGACCCUAAAAAAGAGAAUGCUUCUCGGAAAAGUCAUCUUUUGUGAGAGAAGAUUUAUGGUUUGUUAAAUGAUGCACUGUUGGUUGGCCAUUUGCGGCCACUUAUAAUUGUUUCUCCCUGUACCCUUUGACUAUGGAAAAGCUUUGUCAAUUUGAUUUAUAAUAAAAAUGUUUUUUUG